UAUGAAUAUAUCCAAAAUCAUUCAUUGAAUACAAAUAAGCAAUUAUAUCCUGUUUUAAAAGUUGACCCUUCAUAAUCUGGGGUUUGAGGAUCAAUCAAGAUAAUUAAAGACUAAAUUAGUUUGUUCCUGAAUAUUUAUAGAGAAAUCAUUUCUAACUAUUCAUAUACCAGACUCAUCCGGUCAUCAAUUUUAUAAAUUUUUGGCAACAUACAACUUCGUUUUGAAUUUUCUUGGUUGGUUCUCACAACUGUAAUAGUGCCAGACUGACUGAGGGUUUAUCUGAGAAACAGCUUUGGCCAAACUAUUGCCAUUCAUCAUUUUUUACUUUUAUAAUUACGUUACAUUUUAUUAUUAAUUUUAUUAUGAUAUAAUUAUUCUAAAGUACAAAUUAUUUCAGGCAUAUCUGGAAAAAGUCAAGUACUGUUUGCAUUAGUCUACACAACAAGAUAUCUGGAUCUUGUCACCAGUUAUGUCUCGAUGUACAACACCUUCAUGAAAUUUGUCUUUUUGGCAACAUCUUAUGCUACAAUCUACUUGAUCUAUGUGAAAUUCAAGGCUACAUAUGAUCACAACCAUGACACUUUCCGCAUUGAAUUUUUGAUAUUGCCAUCUUUAGCUUUAGCGCUACUCAUCAACCACUACUUCAACUUUUUGGAGGUUUUGUGGACAUUCAGUAUCUACCUUGAAUCAGUAGCAAUUCUCCCUCAACUGUUCAUGGUCAGCAAAACUGGAGAGGCAGAGAGUAUUACGUCUCAUUAUUUGUUUGCAUUGGGUUCAUACAGAGCUCUUUACAUUUUCAACUGGAUCUAUCGAUAUGCUACUGAGGGACACUAUGAUCCAAUUGCCAUUGUAGCUGGGGUAGUACAAACGGUCUUGUACUGUGAUUUCUUCUACUUGUAUAUCACCAAAGUAUUGAAGGGAAAGAAACUGCAGCUACCAGCUUAAAAAGUUUUAUUGAAGAGAAACUUAGGCUUUCAAUUGAAAUUUUAUUAUUUUUGGAUUAAAGUGGUAUAUCUUUCAAAAUCUAUAAUCAAUGUUUUUACCAAAUUGCGUUUCUUUGAUAGAAUCGCAAAAAUUGAAUAAUUUAAAAUAGCAUGAACUUGUACAAGUAUUAGUAAGCAUAACUUUAAGCCUGUGUAUCUAGUGGAUAAAAAUAUUUUUCACAUCAAAAUUCGCAAACAUUCCCCAAAUAUUAUCAUUUUUGGGGAAUAUGGUGUAUUCUUAAAAACGAUCUCUCAAGAUACUGGUUACUUACGUCAUUUUUAUCCAUUAGGUUUCGUAAUUUUUUGUAUAUAGUUGAAGUCGAUCGAAGUAAAUUAUGUUAUUUAACAUAGCAGACUUUUAAUUGUUGAAAAAAAAACACUUGAGGUUAAUGUGUGCUUGUAUACUCCUGAAUAUUUGUGUAGCAAGUUAUCUUCCUCAGUAAUAUUAUAUAUUAUUUAUAUUCCUUUGAAUAUAUAAUAAAAAAGUUGCC